UCUAUUUUUAGAAACCUACAAAAACCCUGAAACAGAGGGAAGUGCAUUUCAGAACCUAGAAUUUGCUUACAUUGAUUAACAGGAUUAACAAUAUUAUUUUUUGUUAUAGCUUUUAAUAUGAAAUUGGACAUGCACUAUUAUAAGAUGAUAUUCUUUACCAUAGAAGGAGCGAGAUGACCGGAUUCAAACAAUCUACUUUCACUUCGCUAUGACAUCAGUGGAAUAUUUGAAAUAACAGAAAACAGCAAUGGACAGAACUUGGAUAGAUGAGAUAAGAGAUUCUGAAGUUUUGUUGAUCUUUGAUGACAGUGAUGACUUCUACAUUAAAAAAUGGAUUAUUCCAGAAUUAAAAGCCAAAAAUCUAAAAUAUGUGUUACCAGAAAUUCAUAUACCUCCUGGCAGACAAAAACUUAGUUUGAUGCCUGAAGCCAUUGAAAAUAGUAAAAAAGUAUUAAUCAUAUUGUCUGAGCACACAAAGAAAAGAUUUAAAUGUACUUUUGAAAUUUUUCUUGCACUUGAGAAAAGUUUAAGUACAAACAAAAUGUGUGUGACGAUUGCAUUGCUGGGAUCAUUAGAUAGAAGAGAUGUGCCAAAGAUCCCUAUGUUAGAGCACAGUAUGAUAGCCAAAGUUACAGAAAAUGACCAACCUUACACUAUUCAAAAAGUUAUUGAAAAUAUCAAAGAUGAUAGUGUAAGUCUUAGUGACAAAAUGCCAGCUGGUAACUUAGCAACAGGACUAGCCUGGAGUCAUUUUUUAGGAUAUCUCAGUAUAAUUCUUCCAGAACUCUCUUCAAAUAUUAUUGAAUGUGAAUGGUUUCAAAGAUUUCAAGGUAAAAUGUCAACACGGUUCUUUAUGCUAUUACCAAAGUCAGGAACAUGUAAGCCAUUACAAGACCAAGACAGCAGAAUUACUCAUGUUGGUAACCUAAAAAUAGAAGUGCACAUUGCUGGAACUAAAAGGGUGUACACUCCAAAUGUGUACUGCAUACAAGAUGAAGUGAAACAGGAACAUUAUUAUUGCUGUGCAGAAAUACCCAAUGCCUUUGGUUGUAUAGGGAAGAUAUUUCAUGAGAAGUUAGGAUUGUUAAAUUCUCAACAGAGAAACCUUGAAGUGGAGAGAUUUUACCAUGUGUUGGACCAGAUACUGAGCCAUGAAAACAACAAACGAUGUCACAUGUUGUAUGAACUUAUAACUUAUAAUGAUGAAGAUAAAACAGAAGACAGUUUACCAAGUACACAUAUACUUAAACAUUUCCAUAAAGAACGUACAGAAGACAUAGAUGAGGAAACAAAGUCCCAUAAAAAGUAUAAAUAUGAUGUCUGUCUUCUUUAUGGUAAAGAUGAUGAAAACAAGGCACACGUCAUUAGACAAACACUGAUGUCAAAAAAAGAUAAACCAAGAAUUGCUGAGGCAUGCCCAGAUCAGGUGUCAAUAGCUGAGGUCACAGAACAAGUCAAGGAUUCUAAAUGGGUUGUGUUACUUUUAUCCAAGAACCAGAAAUGGUUUGAGUUUUGGAUUGUAGAACUUUUAUGUAGUGGUGUUGAGACUGGUGAAUUUGAAUCACAGGACAUAUGUGUACUGCCAUUGUUGUAUAAUGUAGACCCAGAAUCCAUCCCAUCUUUUAUAAGAUGGCUGACAUAUAUUGAAGCUAAACAAGGGGAGGACUUUGUGGAGAGAAUAUAUGAAAUCAUAAAAGGACAAAGGGUAGCUUUAAGGACACAGAGUCCUGUAGGAAAUGUACAUGAAGGACUGGUAUGGGGAUUUGUUGUCAAUUAUUUACGUCAUGUUUUACCAGAUAUAACAGAAAGAAUAAAGGAAAAAUUACAACAACUUGGAGUAAAAACAAGUGAUCGACAGAACCAUUAUCAUACGGGCUUGUUGGAGCUGGUUCCACAGAAUUGUGAGGUACCAGCUAGGAUGGAUAUAAUAACAGAUCAAUAUAAGAUAGAGAAUAUGGGACGUAUUGAAGCUACAAAGAAACAACAGCAGCAGAAAGUUGUCCGAGUAUUUGCAUGUAACUUUUACAAGUUGACAAAGAAGGAUGGUAACUGUUAUUACUUUGCUGGUGAAUUUGCUACACCAAUCAGAACAUUACAUGGAAUGGGUGCUUCUGUGAUCUGUGGUCUUACAGCUGACAAAAUGAAAAAAGAAGUCAAAAAUUUUACUGACAAAUUGGAAAGAAUUAUGAAGAAGGAACAUGAUGGUAAAAACUGUGCUAUAAUUCGGGUAAAUGGUGAGAAUCAAAAUCUUGUAGAUGAGGUGAUCAAAGAAAUCCAUGAGAAUGAGAUUUGGCAGAAAAGUCAACAAUAAAAAAGCUGAUCGUGAUGUCAACAACAAUUCUUCAAUAUAACUUCAAAAAGUACAACUUCAAAGUACUACACACUGAGACAAAAGAAAGAAGAUUUUAUAAAAAUAAACAUGAAAACUAUGAAUAAAUAGUAAAAUACUAGACUUUUAGCUGCUACUCUCUUCUGUGCUAAGAUUUUUUUUUUUAUAGAGAAUGUCUUUUAAAUACAUGGUUUAUUAAAUAUAUGUAGAGUAUGAAUGGACAAACCAUAUAUGACAUCAUUACUUAUUGAUUAGAUGGAAGAUUUGCAUCACUUCAUGUAUCUAAAUCUAAAAUACUGAGUAACAUUUUUAAAUAUUGCUUCAAAUAUAAGAACAUUUCUUAUGAUAAAAAAAAUAUUAAAUAAAUUAGAAUUUGUCAAAGUAUGGCAGAUAACUCAAUUCAUUUUAAUUUGUUAUUUAUAAAGAUAUAUGAGUAUAUGACCCCUUUAUUUUAUGUUUCAGAUAGCACAUAUUAAAAAGGGUAAAUAACAAAAUUAUUUUCAGAAUGGAGAUUUUUCUUUAUGUUGAAAUUAGAAAGGACCUCAUUAUUGACUCAUAUUAGAACUAGCUAUUGAUCAGGGCUGGUUUAAAAAAAAAAUGAAAAUGAUUUUAAAAAAGUUCAUUUAACAGUUACUAUUCAUUCCAAUAAAUCAUAAAAAUAUAGUACAUUGUAAUUAAAAUUUACAUUUCCUUUGAGUAUAUUCAAUAGAUCAAAAUGAAAUCAAUAAAAUUUUGAAUCAUGCAUUUUAUUUUUUACAUUAAAAAAGUAUAAUUUAAAAACAAUGGUAUAAUGUGUUACUGUGGAAAACAAGUUGCUAUUGUCCAUAAUUUCAUCUGUACACAAUAAAGUUUCAAUUCUCAUUGUUUUAUAAUCUGAGAUAAUCAUGUCUCAUUGGCACUCACACCACAUCUUCCUAUAUCUAUAUGUAUAAAUUCAGUCUGAUGUUCUAUUCGCUGCACUUUACAAACAGUUCACACCAUGUUUUAUUAAUCAAGAGUGUUUAAUUUAAGUUGUAUCAGUUUAUCAUUAUUUAAAGCAAUGUUCUCCCUGUAUUUUCACAGGUUUUGUAUUGCUAAAAUUGUAAAUUAAUUUGUUUUUCAAAAUAUGAAAUGAUAAAAUACAUUUGUACAUGCAACAUGUUUUUUUAUUAAAAAUAUUAUUUUUGUUAA